GAAGCUCCUGCCUCUGCCUCUGCCUCUAUUGUGAGUUUGGUACUAAGAUGUCCCAGCAACACACACUGCCAGUGACUGUACCUGUUGCUAUCAAUCAACAGUUCCUCAAGGCUGUUUCUCCUCCAGCCAGUAUCCAGCAGGAGCAAAUAAAGCAAGCAGCUUCACUGCCUGACCCAUGCCAGAAGGUGUCACCUGAGCUCUCAGUGGAAAAGUCCCCCAAGCAUGAGGACAAACACACAACCCUUGCCAAAGGGCUGUCUGAACAAGAAUGUGAGCAUAAACAACAGGAACCAGAGCUACACCUGGUACCCCUGCAGUCACAAAAGUCCCAGGAACCAAGGCUGCUCCUGGAAGACAAGCAGGAGCCAGAGGAGUUGCAUUUGAGAAAGCAGCCUGAGCAGAAUCCCCAGGAGCCAGAGUUGUGUCUGGGACAGAAAAAGGAACAGGAGCCACAGGAGCCAGAACUGCAUCUGGGACAGCAGCCACAGAAACCACAGGAGCCAGAGCUAAAUCUGGGACAAAAAAGAGAACAGGAGCCACAGGAGCCAGAGCUAAAUCUGGGACAAAAAAGGGAACAGAAGCCACAGGAGCCAGAGCUGCAUCUGGGAAAAAAACAGGAACAGGAGCCACAGGAGCCAGAGCUGCAUCUGGGAAAAAAGCAGAAAGAGGAGCCACAGGAGCCAGAGCUAAAUCUGGGACAAAAAGGGGAACAGGAGCCACAGGGGCCAGAGCUGUAUCUGGGAAAAAAACAGGAACAGGAUCCAGAGCUGCAUCUGGGACAGCAGCAGAAGCCACGGGAACCAGAGAAUCAGGAACUUCACUUGGCACAGCAGCAGCAGCCUCAGAAACAAGAACUGCAUCUGAAACAACAGCAGAAGCCACAGAAACCACCAGAGCCCGAGCUGCAGUUGGGACAGCAUCAGGAACCACAGGAGCCAGAGGAGAACCUGGAGCAGCAGGAGAAUCCACAGGAACCAGAGCUGCACCUAGGACAAUUCGAGAAGCCACAGGAACCAGAGUUGCAGCAGGGACAAGAGGAAGAGCUACAAGAACCAGAGCUGUACCCGAGACGACGAGAGAAGCCCCAGCCCCAGGACAAUGAAGUGUGCUUGAGACAGCAGUACCACCACCAUCAUCAGAAAUCAGAGCCAAAGCAGGAACCACAGCAGGAGCAACCGGGAGAUCACGAAGGGUAUCUGGAAACAGAAAAGCUGGAGCAGCAGGUCAAGCAAGAGAAAGUACAAAGGGAAGAGCAACUAAAGAAACAGGUGGAACAAGAGAAGAGUCUUUUGGACCAGCAAAUGGACCAAGAACGAGUAAAGAGAGAUGAGCAACUGAAGCACCAGGAGCAGCAGGAGAAAUACCUGGAGCAACCUUUUCCUGCCUCAACUCUUGGGCAGGUCCAAGAGACUGAGUCAGUGAAGGAGCAAAGUCUUUGUCCCCACCCAGAAACAUAGUAGAAGCAGGUGAUGCAGUGACCACCCAAAAUUAAGAAACCAACCCUAGUAUCCCUCAGACCAUCCCACACAAGGAAAGAGAGUUGCUGACACAACUUUCCCCUGGAUGUUCCCUUCACCUGUGAAUCUACCUGACCUUGGCCCUCUGCAUGUCUCUUUGAUGGUGUUAGGAAAGAGGAUGUUAUGAUCCAGCACUCACCCCAAAGGAGCCCAAUCCCAACCCUAGGUGAUCAGAGACUAUGUCUGAGACUAUUGUUACCAUAGUAACUCUGACUUCAUCAUAGUAUUGUGGCUAAAUCUGUGUAAGUGUACAUAAUACAUAAUAAAUCCUGGAAAUCCUGA